GUAAUGGAGUACCAGAUUUCAGUAAGCUAUUAAAUUACUAUGGAAAAGUGAUUUUUUAUAUACACAUUUUUCCCUUUUUGGUAGAUGAACUUAUAAAGAAGAAAAGAGAGAGAGAGAGAGAGAGAGAGAGAGCAAACGAAGAAGGAGAAGAAGAAGAAGAAGAUAAUGGAGGUUGGGUUUUUAGGAUUGGGAAUAAUGGGCAAAGCCAUGUCAAUGAAUUUGCUGAAGAAUGGAUUUAAAGUCACUGUUUGGAAUAGAACCCUUUCUAAGUGUAAUGAAUUAGUGGCUCAUGGUGCAUCAAUUGGAAAAACCCCAGCUGAAGUGAUUAACAAGUGUACGAUCACCAUUGCUAUGCUAUCUGAUCCUGCUGCUGCUCUUUCGGUUGUUCUCGACAAAGACGGUGUUCUUGAACAAAUUUGCGGCGGUAAAGGUUACAUCGACAUGUCGACCGUCGAUCCCGAAACUUCUUGCAAGAUCAAUGAGGCGAUUACAUCGAAAGGUGGACGAUUCCUUGAGGCCCCUGUUUCCGGUAGUAAACAGCCUGCAGAAACCGGUCAACUGGUGAUUCUUGCUGCUGGAGACAAGGCAUUGUAUGAAGCAGCAAUUCCGGCUUUCGAUAUCUUGGGGAAGAAGUCUUUCUUCUUGGGACAAGUCGGAAAUGGAGCUAAAAUGAAACUUGUUGUCAACAUGAUUAUGGGCAGUAUGAUGAAUGCAUUUUCAGAGGGACUCACACUAGCUGAUCGAAGUGGACUGAACCCACAUGACCUUCUUGAUGUGCUGGACUUGGGUGCCAUUGCUAAUCCGAUGUUCAAAGGGAAAGGACCAGCGAUGCUCCAAAACAACUAUUCCCCUGCAUUUCCUUUAAAACAUCAACAGAAAGACAUGAGGUUGGCUCUUGCCCUGGGGGAUGAAAAUUCAGUACCGAUGCCAGUAGCUGCUGCUUCCAAUGAGGCUUUUAAGAAGGCUAGAAGCAUGGGAUUGGGAGACAUGGAUUUUUCAGCAGUGUUUGAGACCUUGAAGGUUCUUAAACAUUCAUCUUAAUAUAUCGCAUGGAUUUAUAAAUGUCAUGAAAACACGAACAAGGUAGGGGACUAUAUACUGAUUUAGGGUUUUGAUUCUUACUUUUGAACAACCAUUCAGUAUGGAGCUGGAAUUUUAGUGCUACAAUAAAUAAAUAUAAUUAUAUGAGAAAUUAAUAUGGUA